AUGGAGGUCGACGAUCUCACUGAUGAGCAAAGCACUGCUUUAUCUCGUUUUCGGGAGUUUACGCAUAUAGAUUCCGUUGAAACAUGUCGCCAGUAUUUGGUUGCACACGAAUGGGAUGUUGAACGUGCUAUAGAAACAGCUUUAAUAUCUAAUUUCGAUCUUCCAUCAAGUCUUGACGAUAAUGAUAGCUUACCAACUGAUAUUCUACCAUCAGCACCACCAAUGCCCGAUCCAACUUUAGAUGAACCAAUUCCAGAAAUAUUCGUACCAGAUGGAACACCUAACAUUCGUAACACUGAAAAUUCUAUUGUACGAAUAUUGCGUAUGCCAUUGUCAUUUUUAUAUGCUUUUUAUUUGAAACUUGAACCAUUUGUACCGUGGACAGUUAUUCGUGUUAUUUUUUCAUUCGUUCAAUCAUUAGUGUGGGGUGGUAGAUCAGUAGAUCCUAUAACAGAAAUAGAUGAGUAUUGUACCUAUUUCGAUAAUCAAUACAACGCAAACCAUUCACCAUUUUAUCGUGGAAAGCUUUCUCAGGCACUUCUUGACGCACAACGUGAAGUUCGCCUCUUAUUCAUUUAUUUACAUGAGAAAAAUUCACCUUUAUGCGAUCGAUUUUGCCGAGAAGUGCUUUGCGAAGAAGCUUUAAGAACUACUAUUGGUGAUAAUCUUUUAUGGAGUGCAAGUAGUGAUACUCAAGAAGGAAUUCUAGCCAGUCGAUCAUUGCGCACACGCGCAUAUCCUUGUUUUAGUAUUGUUGCACAUCGUGGUUCGCAACAAAUUGUUCGGCUUAAGCUUGAACAAUAUCCUGGUGCCGAUCAAUUUUUAGCCGAAAUUAUUAAUGGUGCUCAACUUGCUUAUGAAGCAUUGCAGUAUAAUCGGGACCUAAGAAACUCUCGCAGUUCUCGUGAUCUUCUUUUAGAGGAACAAAAUGCGGCCUAUUUAGCUUCAAUUCAAGCAGACAAAGAAAAAGCUGAACAACGUGAACGUGAAGAAAAUGAACGACACAAAUUAGAAGAAGAACAGCAUCGAUUAGUCGAAGAAAAAAAAAGAAAACUUCAAAAAUUCACUGAAUUUCGCAAUCGUAUACGAAAAGAAUUUCCCGGUGAACCAUCACCAAGCGAAACGGAUAUCAUUCAAGUAUCAAUUCGUUUACCAGCAAAUGAACCGAUUCGUCGUCGUUUCCGUCGUACAGAUUCUGCUAAGCUUUUAUUUGAAUUUGCAUGGACAAAUCCAAAUGUUCCUGAUCAAUUUGAAUUACUAUGGGGUUAUCCACGCAGGCGUUAUCAAUAUGAACAAAUCGAUAAUAAACAAAUAGGUGAUGUUAUGAAUGGCAAUACUGAAACAUGUUAUCUUGAAGAGAUUGACGAAGAAAAUAAUUUAUAG